AUGGCCACAGUGUCGGACAAGAGGGUGGAGUUCCUGGAGAACUAUUCCACGCUCGCCCUCCGGUUCAAGCCAGACAAAUGGGCCAAGUUCAUAGGCAGCGAGGAGAUCAAUGCCCUGCUCAUGGAGUUCUUUGAGAAGCAGGACCUGCUGGCGCUGGUGCUGACCCUGAACCCCGCCGGGCAGCUAACGCCCUGCCUGGAGUUCCCUCCCGCGCUCAAGAGCAAAGCGGUUUACUUUGUGAAGAAGAAGAGGGAAAACAUCACCAAGGAAAACUUCCAGAUCGGGCUCCUGGUGGGUGAUAUCAGCCCCUCCCCGGUGGAUCAGCUAAUGGCAGUGGUGGAGGAGGAGAACAUGAGCGGGUGGCCUAAAGUGGUGUCUGAUGAUGUUGUAAAACAAGGCCACAGACUGAAAAAUGAAAUGUUUGUGAUGGGAGGAAAGAUCAAAGGGAAGACACUGCUCCCUCUCCCAGAGCACCUGGAGAACCUGGCCAGUUCCACCGAUUCCCUAGACAGACUCCCUGCGGCAAUGGACAGCUCCUUAUUACAUGCCAUUGAGACGAUAAUCAUAGACUGGUCUCAUCAGAUAAGAGACGUACUGAGCAAAGAUUCUGCCCAGCCCCUGCUGGAUGGAUCGAACCCACUGCCAAAGGUGGAAUUUGAAUUCUGGAGCUCCAGGCUGGUCAAUCUACAAUGCAUUCAUGAGCAGCUGUCUCCCUACAUUGACAGUGUCAUGUACACCGUCUGCUUAAUAUGGGCUAACUCGGAACACUAUAACACGCCGUCCCGGAUCAUUGUCAUCUUACAGGAGAUCUGCAACCUCUUAAUUGAAAUGACCCGAACCUUCCUGAGCCCCGAGGAAGUGAUGAAAGGCCUGCAAGGAGAAAUAGAAGAGAUCUUGGGAGGGAUCAAGCUAGGCCCUUCAAUUAUAGAGAGACUUUACCAAACCUACCACAGGUGCUGCUCGGAGCUGAUGCCCACGUUCUUUAAGGAGUUGUACGUAACAGCUAUUGAAUUUCUGAAGCUGGAGAAAAUUGAGUUGGGAGGAGUGAGAGGAAACAUCCUUGGGAGCAUGGUAUUUCAGAUUUAUGAGGAAGUCUCUGAACUCAUUAAGGUUUUUGCUGAUUGCAGAUAUGAUCCCUUAGAUCCUGCAGAAAAGGAAUUUGAUGAAGAUUUUGCAGAGUUCCAGACCAAAAUUCAGGAUUUGGAUAGAAGAUUGGCAACCAUUUUUUCUCAGGGAUUUAACGACUGUAAUAGUAUUGAAUCUGCUGUCAAGCAAAUACACAUGUUUGGAUCGCUAUUGGACCGACCUCUGAUAAAGGCAGAAGUGUCCCCUCACUACUCCACCCUUUUGGAAAUGUUUAAUGUUGAAUUGGACAAUGCAAAGAUAAUGUAUGAUGCCCAGAUAGCGGCCACGAGAUCAGGAGGCGUGCCACCUAUCAGCAAAAAUAUGCCUCCUGUUGCUGGGCAGCUGAAGUGGGCUCUGGAGCUCCAAGAAAGACUAGAGACUCCAAUGAAGGAGUUGCAAGCCAUUGAUCACCCUGUUAUGGUCAGUGCUGAAGCUAAACUUGUGUCCGAGAAGUAUAAGGAGAUGAUACGUUUGCUGCAGAAUUACCGAGAGAAGACCUAUGAAGAGUGGAUAAGUAGAGUAGAUGCAGACUGCCAAUUUAACCUCGAACAGCCGCUGAUACGGAGAGAUCCAGACGCUACUCUCAUCAGCGUGAACUUCAGCAAGGAGCUAGUUGCUGUUCUACGUGAAGUCAAGUAUUUGAAUUUUCAGAAGCAAAAAGAUAUUCCAGAUAGUGCUGGCAAUCUCUUUUCUCAAAAUGAAACUUUCCGGAAGUUUGUGGGCAAUCUGGAUCUCAUUGUCGGUUGGUACAAUAAGAUCAAGACAACCAUACUGUCUGUAGAGCUUCCACUGGUGAAGCAGGAGUUAGAAGAGAAUGAUAUCAAGCUGCAGAAAGCCGAAACCACCUUGUUUUGGAGCAAUGAAGGUGUUAUGGAAUAUAUUCAGGAGAUGAGAAAUGUCUUGCAUGAUUUAGAGGCAAGAAUCCAGAAAACUAAGUUAAAUGUGGAGAAUAUCAGCCAGCUUAUGCAGGAGAAUGCAGACUUAUUUAAGGCUGAUAAGACAUCCAAAACAUGGCAAGACUAUGUGGAAUAUGUGGAUGACAUGGUUUUGGAUGGAUUCUUCCAGUUUAUUCGCAAAUCUUUACAGUUUCUGCUCACCAACAUGGCAGCUGAUAGUGACCUGGAAGAUAUGUCAGAUCUAAUUGAAAUAAGAGAGGAGGUGGUUUCUCUAGUUGUCAGUGCCAUGAAACAAGCUGAGGAAUAUGAAGACUCCUUUGAGAAAUAUUCCUAUUUGUGGAUGGAUGAUCACCACGAGUUUAUGCAACGCUUCCUCAUGUUUGGUCAUGUGUUCACCCCAGAGGAGCUGGAGUCUCAUGCAGAGGACUACUUACCACGCAUCCCACCCACCCUAGAGCAGUUCCAGCAACAGAUCGACUCCUACGAGAAGCUCUACGAGGAAGUGUCCAAGUUUGAGAACACCAAGGUGUUUAAUGGCUGGCUGCAGAGCGACUGCCGUCCAUUCAAACAAGCACUUCUAAAUAUUAUCAAGCGCUGGAGCCUCAUGUUUAAGCAGCAUCUCAUUGACCACGUCACGACCAGUCUCCAGGAGCUAGCAGCUUUCAUGAAAGACGCAAAUGCGGGCUUGACUAAACCUUUGAAAGAAGGAGAUUAUAAUGGGCUGGUGGAGGUGAUGGGACACUUGAUGAGAGUCAAAGAUAGACAGACAGCUACAGACCACAUGUUUGAGCCCUUAAAGCAAACAAUCGAACUGCUAAAGACUUAUGGAGAAGAAAUGCCGGAAGAAAUUCAUAUGCAGCUGCAUGAUCUGCCGGAGCAAUGGAACAACACCAAGAAGUUAUCUUUCCAGGUGAAACAGAAUGUGGCUCCUCUGCAGGCCACCGAGGUCGCAAUCCUUCGGAGGAAGUGUCAGCAGUUUGAGAUUAAACAACACGAGUUCAGGGAGAAAUUUCGAGAAGAUGCUCCCUUUUCUUUUACUGACCCAGAUCCAUACCGGUCCUUAAACACGCAACAAAAGAGUAUCACUGCCAUGGAGAGUGAAAUGGAAGCCCUGUCCAAAUCUGCUGGGUUGUUUGAGGUGUCAGUCCCAGAUUAUAAACAACUCAAAGCAUGCCAUAAAGAAGUACGUUUACUCAAAGAGCUCUGGGAUAUGAUUGUCUUGGUUAAUGCAAGCAUCGAUGACUGGAAGACCACCAAAUGGAAAGAGAUUAAUGUGGAACAGAUGGAUAUUGAUUCUAAAAAGUUUGCUAAAGAUGUGAGAAGUCUGGAUAAAGAAAUGAGGCCCUGGGAUGCAUUCAUAGGAUUGGAUAACACAGUGAAAAACAUGAUAACCUCCCUCCGAGCUGUGAGUGACCUUCAGAAUCCUGCUAUUAGAGAACGUCAUUGGCAUGAGCUCAUGCAAGCGACCAAGGUGAACUUUAUAAUGUCAGACAAGACAACCCUCGCCGACUUGCUGCAGCUGAAUCUACACAAUUUUGAGGAUGAAGUUCGCAGUAUUGUAGACAAGGCUGUGAAAGAGUCAGGAAUGGAGAAGGUAUUGAAAGCCCUGGAUAGUACAUGGUCAACCAUGCAGUUUGAACAUGAACCCCAUGCUAGAACUGGUACCAUGCUGCUCAAAUCUGAUGAAUUACUCGUAGAGACCUUGGAGGAUAACCAAGUGCAACUUCAGAACCUGAUGACUUCCAAGUAUUUAGCUCACUUUCUUCAGGAGGUGUCAGGCUGGCAACAGAAAUUAUCUACUGCUGACUCUGUUAUUAGUAUCUGGUUUGAAGUGCAGAGAACUUGGAGCCAUCUGGAGAGCAUCUUCAUUGGUUCUGAAGACAUCCGGAAUCAGUUGCCAGAAGAUUCUAAACGUUUUGAUUCUAUCGAUAGAGAUUUUAAAGAAUUAAUGGCUGAAGCAGUAAAAACCCCUAAUGUAGUUGAAGCAACAAAUAAACCAGGCCUUUAUGAGAAGUUAGAGGUCUUACAGAAAAGCUUGGCACUUUGUGAAAAGGCUUUGGCUGAAUAUCUAGAGACAAAAAGGUUGGCUUUUCCCAGGUUCUACUUUGUUUCAUCUGCAGACCUGCUGGAUAUUUUAUCAAAUGGCAAUGACCCUGUUGAGGUAUGCCGCCACUUGUCUAAACUGUUUGAUAGCAUGGCCAAGCUGAAGUUCAAAAUGGAUUCAGACAACAAGCCUUUGAAGAUUGGCUUGGGAAUGUACAGUAAGGAGGAUGAGUAUGUGGAUUUUGAUAAGGAAUGUGACUGUUCCGGGCAGGUUGAGGUUUGGUUAAAUCGAGUGCUCGAGAGAAUGUGCUCCACACUACGCCAUGAAAUUCCUGAGGCUGUAGUGACUUAUGAAGAAAAGCCACGAGAACAAUGGUUAUUUGAUUACCCAGCGCAGAUUGCGUUAACCUGCACUCAGAUCUGGUGGACAACAGAGGUCGGCAUUGCGUUCUCAAGACUGGAGGAAGGUUAUGAAAAUGCAAUUAAAGAUUACAACAAAAAGCAGAUUAAUCAGUUAAACACGCUAAUUACACUACUCAUUGGGAACUUAACCUCAGGAGACAGAAUGAAGAUCAUGACAAUCUGUACCAUAGAUGUACAUGCCAGAGAUGUCGUGGCAAAAAUGAUCCUUGCUAAGGUGGAGAAUUCUCAAGCGUUCACCUGGCAGUCCCAGCUCAGACAUCGGUGGGAUGAAGAAAAAAGGCAUUGCUAUGCUAAUAUAUGUGAUGCUCAACUUCAGUAUUCCUAUGAAUAUCUGGGUAACACCCCUCGACUGGUCAUUACUCCACUUACAGACCGAUGCUACAUCACUCUGACCCAGUCCCUUCACCUGAUAAUGGGGGGUGCACCUGCAGGCCCUGCUGGUACAGGGAAAACGGAGACCACUAAGGACUUGGGCCGAGCUGUAGGGAUCAUGGUCUAUGUCUUCAACUGCUCUGAGCAAAUGGAUUACAAGUCCUGUGGAAAUAUCUACAAAGGGUUAGCACAGACUGGAGCCUGGGGAUGCUUUGAUGAAUUCAAUCGCAUUUCAGUGGAAGUUUUAUCAGUGAUUGCUGUGCAGGUAGGAAGUUUUCUCCAGUAUCCAGCUAUUCUUUAUGUAAAUUACUGUGAUGUUGUGGAUCAUUAUGACUGGGGCUUGAGAGCGAUUAAGUCUGUGCUGGUGGUAGCAGGCUCCUUGAAGAGAGGCGACCCUGGCCGUCCGGAGGAUCAAGUCCUAAUGAGAGCUUUACGAGACUUCAACAUCCCCAAGAUUGUGACGGAUGACUUGCCUGUGUUCAUGGGACUAAUUGGAGACCUUUUCCCAGCACUGGACGUACCUAGAAAACGGGAUCUGAACUUUGAAAAGAUUAUUAAGCAGUCCAUCCUUGAGCUCAAGCUGCAGGCAGAAGAGAGCUUUGUGCUGAAGGUGGUGCAGCUUGAGGAGCUACUCCAAGUGAGACACUCGGUGUUUGUCAUUGGCAACGCAGGCAGUGGCAAGACCCAGAUGUCUAAUGCUGACCGGGAGCAGGCAAAACCUUGGAACUAUGAGCAAGCCUAA